AUGCCUAUAAUUCAGCAUGCCGAUCAAGAGUUUCACGUGUCACACGAAGAAGAGGAGAAGCUGAAUCAGUUCCAGCUGAUCACUGCUUUCCCUGACGAAGAUUUACCGCAGGUGAUAAAGCUCUUACGAAAUCAUACCUGGCAGUUGGAACCCGCUCUGAGUCGCUAUUUUGACGGAAAUUGGAGGGAAAAUCUCGAGCAGCCACCAGUGCCAGCUCGUCCACCCACUCCAAUUACAAGAGAAGACACGCCUCGAUCUGCAACACCGUUCGUUGUUACUCAAAGCGGUUUGGUACCACGCCUGCCCAUUGUUAAGAAGUUACCGAUUGAUUAUAAAGAAAGAUUCCAAUAUAUUGGACUGAAUAAGAGAAAUGAAGAGUUUAGCACACAUCCGGCCUUGUUUGUUUUGCUUCUCCUGCCAAGGAUCAUUUUGAAACUUGGAAUGGGAAUACUCGCUGUUUUGUGGUCUAUUAUAUCAUUCGGUUUCAAUACAGAAGGAGCAAAAGAAGAUAAAGUUUCAAGACUGCCUGCCAUGCCAGAUGAGAAAUAUUCUGAGAUAGAAGACGACUUGGAUGCCUUACUGGGUGAGAAUUCUGAGUUGGGCCCUUUGAUCAGCAAGGACAGUUUCAAUCAAACUUUUGACAAGUGCGAAGGAGGGUUCAAAUACAUGCUAUUCAUAUGUUUGGGCAAUAUCUCAUCUGAAGAAGCCGAGAAGGUCGAUGUUAAUUCUCAGCGGUUUGUCAAGCACAUUUUAAACGAUCCAUCAACUCUGGAUAUUCUGAAGGAGAAUUCAGAUAAUCUUCUUGUAUACAUGAGAACCGCACAAUCUUCUGAGAUGUGGAGCAUCGCGAAACAAUUCAAAAUAAAGUAUACUCCCGAAUGUCUCCUGAUAGGAAAUGUUCUCAACUCAGCAGACUCCAUGGGCGGUAUUACUAGAAUGUCUGUUUUAGCUCGUCUUAAAAUGGGCUCUCUGCGAAAGUUCCAAAAUUCUUUGAAGGUUGCAAUGGAUAAAUUCAACCCUGAGAUGGUAGUAAAUAGAAGUGAGCAAGAGGAGUUGAAAUUAGCAAGACAGAUCAAACAGAUGCAAGAUCAGGCAUUCGAAGAGUCUUUGAAAAAAGACAGGAUCAAAGAAGAAGAACGUCAAAGGGCCGAAGAAGAAGCUCGUGCUGCUGAGGAGCUUGCUUUAAAGAAAGAGCAUGAAAUUGCAGUAUAUAAAACGGUCGAAGAUCUUCAAUGGCUACACCUCUGCACCAAAUUGAUUGUUUCACCAGAAGAGACGCAAGAUUCGAAUGCCAGGGGUUCUUUACAGUUCAGAACUCCGGAUGGUAAGCGUCUCAUUCGAAAAUUCAGUGGAGAUUGCACAUUGAAGGAAAUUUAUCACAUUGUUAAAUGCCACCUCUUCUUAGACACAAUGAGCUCGAAACAAGAAGAUAUAUUGAAGAGUUUGAAGUUGAAAAUUUCAGCUAUGAAAAAUGAUGAUGAAAAACUAUCUUUCAAAUCCGGUGAUUAUACAGAUGAAAAAGUCAUGGAUUCGGCACAAGAGAUAGUGCUACAAAUGAUAGAUGAUGAACUAUGCAAGUGGUACAAGAAUGAAGAGGAUUAUGAGUUUGACGUUGAUUUUGAACUUGUCUCCCCAUUUCCAAGAUAUCGUGUGCCGUACGAUGAUAGCAUUGUGGUAAGAAACACGCCUCAAUUAUGGCCCAAUGGCAGUAUGCUUGUGGAAUACCUGGUUAGCGACAGUGACGAUGAAUGA